AGAUUUGGUGGGAUCAGGUACCAUAAUCAAAAUUCCAGUCCAGGUGACCUUUUUCUUCAACUUUAUCAGUAAGAAAAUAAAAAUCUAACAAUCCUUUUUAUGCAACUUGUUUUGAAGCUCACCCCUCUAUGUGUCAUUUCUCUCCACCAUAAAAAUGAAGUGAAAAGACAGCCGAAACCUUAUCUUACAUCCUAUGACGACAAAGCACUUUAAAACACAGCCCCCUCAUAGUCUACCAAAGAACCAACCAAACCAUCCCUCUCUAUCUCUCUCUUUCUCCAUUUGCUUCACUGAAAUUACUAGAAAAUUUCCAUCCCCCCGUGUGGGAUAAGUUUAGGAACUUCAACGCCACGGUAAGGCUAAAUAAUUGUCUCUCUCUCUCUCUCAUCUUCCUAGUGGUUAUCAUUUCUUCUUUAAUGGGUUAGAGUUGGCCUGUUUGUGAUUUAAGAAGCCAUAACUUUUGCCAUUCAUGCUUGCCAAUUAAGAUUAUUGAUUCUUAUCCUUUAAAGGUCUCAAAGACUAUUAGUAUUUCACCCACCGUUUCCUUAUCCCAGUGACCAACAAGAUGCUUUUUGGAAAAGUCUUAAUUUUUUUUUAUCUAGUUGGAAUCCUAACAGGCAGUGUUUUAACUCAAAAAGCCCAUCUAUCUCCCUUUAGUUGAAAGCAGAUCAAAGGUUAGAGAAGAACCAAAGGAAAUAAACCACAUACCCCUACUCAAAUCUUUUCCUUUCCUGCUUUAUAUCUAUUAUUUAUUAUUCACAAGCUUCAUCACACAUCGAGUCCAGCUUCUAGAGUACUAGUCCUCCUGCAUCUAAAGAAGCUGAAACUAAUAAGGCAAGGCCUUGUUCUAUACAUGAGUGACAUGAAAUCCCUUCUUUCAGUCUCCUUUGUGGUUCGAUUUGCCGCUAAAAAACCGUGGAGGAACGAGAUGUCAAGCCUCUUUUCUUAAAUAAUUAGUUUCGUAGACUACCUACCAAUUACCUUUCUCAAAUCUUACAGAAGUGGGAAGUUUUGUAUACUGCGUACGACCUUUUUUAAGCUAGAAGCCACAAGUUAAGAAUUUUUUCUUUUCUUGAAAUUCCAUAUUAGAUCAUUUGAAAAAUGGUGAUAAAUCAUCUUCCACAUGGUCCACACCGUUUACUCCUCGAUGCAGAAACAAGUAUUGCGCCACCAGCAAAUGAAGGUAAUAAGGCGAGUAGAGGGUAUGGUAGCGAGGCAAACUUUGACACCAACAUGGUGAUUAUCCUAGCAGCCUUGCUUUGUGCGUUAAUAUGUGCACUUGGACUAAAUUCAAUUGUGCGUUGUGCUCUAAGGUGUAGCCGUAGAUUUGCUUUCGAAACCCCAGAUGAGACUGCUGCGCGUUUAGCUGGCACAGGGCUUAAAAAGAGUGCAUUGCGGCAAAUCCCAGUUGCUGUAUAUGGAUCUUCAGUGCUUAAUAUUCCAGCUACAGAAUGUCCAAUUUGCCUUGGGGAAUUUGCGGAUGGUGAGAAAGUGAGAGUGUUACCAAGAUGUAAUCAUGGGUUCCAUGUAAAGUGCAUAGACACAUGGUUGGGGUCACACUCAUCAUGUCCAACUUGUCGCCAGUCUUUGCUAGAACAACCAACCAGUUCUCAUGAUGCUGGGGAUGAAGAUGCUGCUGAUGUUGAAAUUAGACAUCCUUCGAUUGCAUCAGAAGGACAAGGGGAUGUGGCAAUAGCUGUGGAUGAGGUAGGCUAGCUAGCUAAAUCUUGAAUUCCAAAGAUUUCUCAUUUUCACAACUCCUAAGUAAACUGUAAAACUGUAAAAUUAAAGAAAUAGUGGGGAGUACUUUUUCUUCCUUUUUUUUU